CAUGUGUUUUUAAAUAGUUAUUGCCGUGUAAAGAAAAACGUAGAAAAUGUCGGCGGGAACGAGUGUUUAGCUUGAUUUAUACAGCAAAAAUUGUAACAUUAAACUAAACUUUGUUGAUGGUGUGCUUGUGCGCAUGUAUUUUUGUGGAUGUGUUAAGGGACGUUGUAGUAGCAAGUAAAUGUUUUUAUAGUGAAAGUAUGUAAAAAUAUCGAACAAUUCUUUCUGGAAUAGUAUCAAUGUGCAUAGUGAAGUGAUUAGUGUACAAUUUCAUCCCGAUUUAUUUCAAAAAAUAUCAAUUUUCAACUGAACAUGAAUAAAAUAUCUAUACGUGAUUGUUAGUGUGUCAAUAAUGGCCGACCGAAAAAUUUGAAGAUCAACAUUAUGAAAUAAAUAAAAUAUAAGUUAGUGUGCUUCAUUUGUUCAAUUAGAUCGUUGUUUGAUAGAUUUUCAAGAAAAUGGCAGAGCCAAAUACUCCAAGGAUACCAAAAAUUAUGGUUUUCCGACCGACGUGGGAUGAAUUUAAGGAUUUUUCCAAAUAUAUUCAACACAUGGAGUCGAAAAUGGCACACAAAGCUGGUUUAGCGAAGGUUAUACCCCCUGCUGAGUGGGUACCACGCAAAAAUGGCUACAAAAUCGAGGAUGUAAAUCUAACAAUCCCAGCUCCAAUUUGUCAAGUAGUCACUGGUAAACAAGGACUCUACCAACAAAUUAAUAUACAGAAAAAAUCGAUGACCGUGAAACAAUAUAAAGAACUGGCUGAAUCUGAAAGAUAUGCCACUCCAAAACAUUUUGAUUACGAAGACUUAGAAAGGAAAUAUUGGAAAAAUAUUACUUACGUUGCCCCGAUAUAUGGUGCAGAUGUUUCGGGUAGCUUAACAGAUGAAGAUGUUAAUGAAUGGAAUAUAAACCGAUUGGGAACCAUUUUGGAUUAUGUUAAUGAAGAUUAUGGUAUUUCAAUUGAAGGUGUUAAUACCGCUUACUUAUAUUUCGGCAUGUGGAAAACUACAUUCGCUUGGCACACAGAAGAUAUGGAUCUUUAUUCAAUCAACUAUUUACAUUUCGGAGCACCAAAAACUUGGUAUUCUAUUCCACCGGAACAUGGUAGAAGAUUGGAAAGACUUGCAAACGGAUUUUUUCCAAGUUCGUACAAGACAUGUCAGGCUUUCCUGAGACACAAAAUGACGUUGAUUUCCCCUCAAAUCUUAAAACAGUACUCCAUUCCAUAUAACAAGAUAACUCAAGAAGCUGGUGAAAUAAUGAUAACAUUUCCAUAUGGAUACCAUGCUGGGUUUAACCACGGUUUCAAUUGUGCUGAAUCUACAAAUUUUGCUCAGGAAAGGUGGAUUGAAUACGGGAAACGCGCUUCACAAUGCACCUGCAGCAAAGACAUGGUUAAAAUUUCCAUGGAUACAUUCGUCAAGAGAUUCCAACCGGAUAGGUAUGAAAUGUGGUUGAAAGGUGAAGAUAUCGGUCCGCAUCCAGAAGAACCAGAUAAGAAGGUUCCAGCACCGUUGCCUAUGCCUCAGGAUAUUUUAUGUAACAAAAAUAAUCCUACUUUACCCCAGAGUUAUUUGGAACAUCAGAAAGGAUCGAAGAAAGGAAGAAUGAUGGCCAAUUAUAAUCCUUUCAGUAUGGCGGAUUUCCCUGCUGCAUUACAAUUGGAAUUGAUGGAAGAAGAUAAUCUUGCGUUUGGGUCAGAUGAACUACCACCCGAUGAACAGCAAUUGGAAGCAUUGGAAGAUAUUUGGUUGAAAGCAGGCGAAAUCGAAGCUGAAGAUGCUUCUAUAUGUGACGCCGGGUACAAUGUGAAGAAAGGACGUAGAUUCCAGAAAAAAAUACGUCGUGGUAGAAAAAAGUUGGACGAUCCUUCGUGGGGACCAAAGAAAGAUCCUGAAUAUAGAGCAGAUGAAUUAACAGGACUUUACACUCCUUGUCACAGCAAAGAUAAAAAGGUUUGUGGGAAGAUUGUAAAACCAAUUAACAAUGAACAAAUGGAUACUGACGAUUUAGUGAAAAGUCUCAUUCAACAGGAAACUGAAAUUCUAAUGAAACAAUCGAAAAAACAUAAACAUAAGGACAAGAAAAAAGAAAAAGACCCAGAACAUAAAAAACACAAGAAGCGUAAACAUCGCGAAGAAAAAAGUGAGCAUAAUAAAGAAGCCGAAGGGGCAUCGAUGUCCAAAAACGAAUCAGUUGAAACAAUUCAAAAAGAAAAUCCUGAACAAAAGAAUAUUGAUGAUAUUAUACGAGCAGCUGAAGAAGAACACGAACAAAAACUGCUCAAAGAAGCUCCGAUUCCAAUAAUUGAACAACCAUUAACUCCGACCCCAAAAGUUAAUCAAAUUUCAACAACAAACAGUUUUCUGAAAAGUUAUAGAAGACCAAAGGAAAUGCCAAAGGUGGUUACUAAUAAAAUUGAAACUAUAAGGACUUCAAAAGGUAUUAUAACAGUACUCGAACCGAAAUCUGUGAUACCUAAACCGAUACCAAAGUUGGAACCGACAUUAACAAGUUCUAAUACCCUACAAUCGACGAUGAAACCUUUUGCUCCAGUUUCUCAUAAAUACGAAGUAGCUUUCUUAGAUUUCUUACAAAAACAAACAAAUAAUGCAAUUGCUCCAAAGAAAUCCCCAGCGAAAAGAGGUGAUUUCGAUAGGUACAAUAAACCUAAAGUUUUACAGACAAAUAUUUCCAAAACUAUAUCAUCACUUCCAAAAGACAUUAGAAUAACUUCUACGGUGUCUAGUAAUUCGAUUCCAACAACAAUCCAAUCGAAUACCGUCAAUAAUAAAUUGCAAGGAAACUUAAAUUCCCCACAAAAUAAAUUCACCAAUAGCACCCAUGCUUCUAUAAAUGGGGUACAAACAAAUUCUCUUAACCAACAGUGUCAAGCUCCCCAAUUACCUUCAAACGGCGUUGUACACAACUUAAAUCAAACUCAAUCCGGUUCAAAUAUGCUUGGAACAAUUUUAAAAUCCCCUAUACAAGCAAAGACAGUUGCAAAUAAUCAACAACAGGUGAAAACUACUAUGUCAGUCAAUCAGCAGGUUCUUUCAAAACCGGUAUUGACUAAUAAUGUCGUUAACAGUAAUAUUCAUCCAUUAACUACACCGGUAGCAGUACAACCUGUAAAUAACACUACCGUUAAUGUGAGUACAGAAGAAUCUUGCCAAUCGGAGCCACCUGCUAGUACUCCAGGUCCAGUAUUGCAAACGAUGCAAAAAAUGGAACUACCCGUACUGACUCAACAAAUGCCUCAGUUAUCCGUUCCAGAAUCGUUUACAGAUUAUGAAGACAUGCCUAAAUUGGGAUCCCCGGCCGUAGCAACGAAAGUGAAUCUAUCUGAAUUAGAUCGCAGAGAAGAAGCCGUCAAAGGCUUGCUGGACAUGUAUUCGGUGAAUAUUGAAAAGACGGCAGCGACGCCUGCGUUGGAAAAAGAGGAUUCCCCGCCUAAAAAAUUCAAACCGAAUUUAAUAUGGACAAAUCACAAGUAUUACACAACUUUUAGAUGCGAAACUGUUUAUGAUAAUGCCGAUAGGUUUUAUCCCAUGACUGGGAUUCCCAUACCGUCAGAUAGUAAUAAAAAAGUAGUAGUAGAACCGAUUCCUACGAUAACUAGUAAUAUAACAGCACUGGAAGAAGAAGAAGAAGAAGAAGAAAUUGAAGAUGUAGUCGAGAAAGAAGAAAAAGAGCGAAUUUAUGUGCAAGAAAAUGAUCUCUCGAAUGAAAUAGCAACUGAAAUCGAAAUCCAAUCUUCUGGUAAUACGUAUUCUGAUCAAGAUGGUUCUUCUGAUGAUUCUUCUUCCAGUGAUUGCGAAUCUGAUUGCGAGAAAUGUAAAAAAUUGAAUAGUACCGAGGAAAUAGUACCUUUAAAUACCGACGAAGAUAUUAAAGAAAAUCUAAAAUCCAAACGUGGCGCGCGUCAAAUUAGACGCGUAAAGAAACCGGCUAUUCCAAGAAUAUUUGGUAAAACGAAGGGAAAACGGGGUAACUCCAAAUCAAGAUUGUAUUUAUCGGAGAUUAUUUUCGGCGUAAAGAAAAAGGGUAGGCCGAAAAAGAACGAUCAGAUACGGUAUCAGGUACUAAGGAAUUUAUGUAAAAAAAAAUGUUUACCUUCAAAUAAAAAAAAUUGUAAAGACGGAGAAUUGAGCGAAUAUUUGAUGUACAAAAAAGCUCAUUUCACACCGGCCGAAUGUUACGUGGACACUAAAGAUGUUUUGGAUAAUUUCAGUAAGGACAUUCAGGAUUAUUUGAAAUCCGGUUUGACGUUGUUUAACGUCGGUUCUAUUCCCAUAGAAGAAUGUUCUAAAUUGACAAAUUCGGAAUCUUUUGAACCAAAAGAUGUCGAAAUCGGUCCAAAAAAUAAGCCGAUAAAAGUGAACGAAAAAGUUUGGGCGAAACAUAAAAAUGGAAGAUUCUACCAGGCCAAAGUGAUAGACAUUAAGUGCGAAUCGAACUUGUGCGUUUUUUUCCCGGUAGAUCAGAGUUUUUCCAAAGACGUUAGAUUAAGCGACGUUGUCGGUUUUGAAACUAUGCCGAAUCCAGUUUUGGGUCAAAGAUUGAAAAUCAGAUGGAUAGACGGGCAUUCGUACGACGCCGAUUACAUGGGAAAUGUAGAUAAUUACAUUUUCACUGUUUUAUUCGAAGACGAUUCUAAGUGUCACUUACAACAAGAUAGUAUUUUUGGUAUAACCGAAACCAUACCAAAGCGAAUUUUGUCGAAAUUGUCGUACGCUAGCGAUAUGCAUCACCGGGAACAUCUGUAUGAUUUGGAACGUACUUUGCCUGAUAAAAGGCCUGUUAAACGAAAAGUAUUUGAUAAAAAUGACUAGUUGUAGGUAAUUUUUAAAAUUUUGUUUUGAAGACUGAAUUCCAACUUAGUAAUAUUCGCUUUUUUACAAAAUUCCUUAUUAAUAUGGUGAAAGGAACUUUUUCAAUAAAAAAAAAACUACACUUGUCUUUGUUUCAGAAAGAUUCGAUUUAUUAUAUUCGAUUCUGACCUUGAUAAUAAAUGAUUGUCUUCAUAUAAGUGUGUGUGUGAUAUUUAUUUCAAGUGUAUAUAUAAAGAAAAAUUCUAAUUAGUCAAUUUAGUUUCUUGUAAAAACGAUGAAUUGUAAAAUAGCUUCAAUUAUAUCGAAAGUAUUAAAUUGUUCUCACCGCAA